AUGGGGCCCGCAGGUCCGACAUACAUCCCCCCUAGGGGCCGUGGCCACACACAGCGGGGUCCCGGCCACCCCUUCCCGGGCCCCAGACGCCGCGCGCCCUCCCGCCGGCAGGAGGCGCGCUCCCUCCCGCGCUGCGCGCCCCCGCGGCACCCCGCCCCCGGCGCGUCCCCGCGCCGCUCCCCGCGCGGCGGCGGCCGGGGCCGCGCGCCUGUCCCCGCACUCAUGGCCGGCGUGAUCCGGCGGCUGGAUGAGGCCGUGGUGAACCGCAUCGCGGCCGGCGAGGUCAUCCAGAGGCCGGCCAACGCCAUCAAGGAGAUGAUCGAGAACUGUUUGGAUGCUAAAUCUACAAGUAUCCAGGUAAUAGUUAAAGAAGGUGGUUUGAAGCUCAUCCAGGUCCAAGAUAACGGCUGUGGUAUCAGAAAAGAAGAUCUGAACAUUGUAUGUGAGAGAUUUACUACUAGUAAACUGCAAAAAUUUGAAGAUUUGGCUAGUAUUUCUACAUAUGGUUUUAGGGGCGAGGCAUUGGCGAGCAUCAGUCAUGUUGCCCAUGUUACAGUAACAACUAAAACAGCUGAUGCUAAGUGUGCAUUCAGAGCUACUUACAGUGAUGGAAAAAUUAAAGCCCCUCCGAAACCCUGUGCUGGAAACCAAGGAACUCAGAUCACAGUUGAAGAUCUCUUUUACAAUGUAAAUACAAGGAGAAAAGCUUUGAAAAACCCAAAUGAAGAAUAUGCAAAAAUACUAGAAGUUGUUAGCAGGUAUGCCAUCCAUAACUCAGGCAUCAGCUUUUCAGUUAAAAAGCAAGGUGAUACCGUGUCAGAUGUUAGAACCCUAUCCAACGCCUCAACAGUGGACAACAUUAGGUCCAUCUUUGGAAAUGCUGUUAGCAGGGAACUGAUAGAAGUGGGCUGUGAAGAUGCAAAUCUGGCCUUUAAAAUGAAAGGUUACAUCACGAAUGCAAACUACUCUGUGAAGAAAUGUAUAUUUUUACUCUUCAUAAACCAUCGGUUGGUAGAGUCAGCCGCUUUGCGGAAAGCCAUAGAAACUGUGUACGCUGCUUAUUUGCCAAAAAGUACCCAUCCAUUCCUAUACUUAAGUCUGGAAAUAGCUCCCCAAAAUGUAGAUGUGAACGUGCACCCUACAAAACAUGAAGUCCAUUUUCUUCAUGAAGACAGUAUUCUAGAGCGUGUGCAACAGCAUGUAGAGAGCAAGUUAUUGGGCUCUAAUUCUUCAAGGAUGUACUUCACUCAGACACUGCUUCCAGGGGCUGACUCUUCUUCCAGUGAGGUUGCAAAAUCAGCAGCCAACUCUUCUGGGGUUACCAAAGGAACCAGUGAUAAAGUUUACGCACAUCAGAUGGUCCGCACUGAUUCCCGAGAGCAGAAAUUGGAUGCUUUUCUUCAGCCAGUGAACAACCCCCCAAAUACAGGCCCCACUGAAGUGACAACAGAGGUUGAUGCAGGACCUCCAGAGGGUGCAAGCAGACCACAGGAUGCUGAAAUGGAAGAAGUCAGUGAUCUGGUUGAAAUGGCUGAUGUUCAGGAGGACAUAGGGAAGCCUGGAGGGCUGAGUGAGAGUGGGCACUUGUCUCGCGAGACAGUACCUUCUCGAAAGAGACCACGGGAAGACACAGACAUAGAAAUGGAGGAAGAUGACACCACAAAGGACAUGACUGCUGCCUGCACCCCUAGAAGAAGAAUUAUCAAUUUGACUAGUGUAUUGACUCUCCAGGAGGAAAUCAGUAACCAGGGACAUGCAAAACUUCAGGAGAUGCUGCGUGAUCACUCCUUUGUUGGCUGUGUCAGUCCACAGUGGGCUCUGGCCCAAUAUCAGACAAAACUGUACCUUCUCAAUACAACAAAACUCAGCCAAGAACUCUUCUACCAGAUACUUAUUUAUGACUUUGCAAACUUCGGAGUCUUAAGGUUAUCUGAGCCAGCUCCUUUAUAUGAACUUUCAAUGCUUGCUUUAGAGGAUCCUGAAAGUGGCUGGACGGAAGAAGAUGGCCCAAAAGAAGGGCUUGCUGAGUACAUUGUGGAGUUUCUGAAACAGAAGAUUGAGAUGUUGAAGGAUUAUUUUUCUCUUGAAAUUGAUGAGGAAGGAAAUCUUAUUGGGUUACCACUUCUGAUAGACAACUAUGUUCCACCGCUUGAAGGACUGCCUAUGUUUAUCCUUCGAUUGGCCACAGAGGUAAACUGGGAUGAAGAAAAGGAGUGUUUUGAAAGCCUAAGUAAAGAACUUUCCAUGUUCUACUCCAUCAGAAAGCAGUAUAUAAUAGGUGAAGCCAAUCCAACAAACUCUCAGAAUGAAGAUUCUGACUCUGGUUCAAAAACAUGGAAAUGGACUGUGGAACAUGUGAUUUACAAAGCUUUUAGGACUCAUCUUUUGCCUCCUGAACACUUCGCAGAAGAUGGCAACAUUUUGCAGCUUGCUAACCUGCCUGACCUGUAUAAAGUUUUUGAAAGAUGUUGAGCAAGUAGUUACUACAGACCGUUUUUUUAGAUAGGCACCAUUCCUUUUAUGUUCAGUUUUACAUAGUAGAAAUAAAGCUGGAAUCUUGAUGGAGGAAAGAAAAAGAGAGGAUUUAGUAUCAUACCGAACUACUAACAUGACAGCAAAUGGUCUAUUUUCCUUCUGUUGAUCAAAAUAUAAAAAGAAUAAUUUUAGCUUUUUUUAAACACAACCCAAGUUCCUAAAAUAAAAUUUCCACUUAUGCUCUGAGUUUCCCUAUUAACCUAUCUGCUAACAGAAUACAAUUUCUACUGCAGAAAAUUAAGUGGGUUAAGUGAUUGUGAAAGAAGAUGGAGCUUAAUUUAGUUGAAAUGUGAGUGCUUUAACUUUGUUUGCUUCUUGAAAGUGAAACGGAAAAAGGCAGCUAACCUGUUUUAUGACUCUUGUCUGGCAGUAUCUGCAAUGAGAAUAUACAUGCAAAGCACUUAAAAAUCAUCUGUUACUAGAGAAGUUAGUCUUGUAAUAUUUUAGGCCCCUUGCUGAUAUAAGGCAAACCCCUUCCCUCUUAAUUAAGGAAUCAGAAAAUAGAAAUGGGAAUGGUCUGGCAGAUAGUAAAUGAGUAUGCAAACAUAA